CAGCAUUCUAAGAGGAAAUAUCACAAGGGAAGGAGACUUUCCACCAACACUGCAAUCAAAAGCCGGUAUGACACAGGAUCAGAGUUUCCUCUGUGAACUUCUGUGACAAUCUUUCACCAGGAGAGGAGCUAUUUCACACAAAAGUCAAGCUUAUUGGUUUGCUCCUCAUGGCUUGCUCAGCCAGUUUUCUUAUAGCAACCAGGACUACCACCCCUGUGUGGUACCACCCACAGUGAGAUGGGCCCUCCCACAGCAAUAAUCAAUCAAGAAAAUACACCACAUUCUUUCUCAUUGACAUUCCUGACAGGAGACGACCCUGAAAAAAUGGCCUCAGAGACUUACAUGCCAGGCCCCAUGUGCUUGAUUGAGAAUGUAAAAGGGAAACUGAGACCUAAUCAGAAAGCUCUGGAGAUCCUGUCAGCCAUUACACAGCCUGUGGUGGUGGUGGCCAUUGUGGGUCUCUACCGCACAGGUAAAUCCUACCUGAUGAACAAACUGGCUGGAAAGAACACAGGCUUCUCUCUGGGCUCCACAGUGCAGUCUCAUACCAAAGGGAUCUGGAUGUGGUGUCUGCCUCAUCCCCAGAAGGAAAACCAUACCCUUGUUCUUCUUGACACAGAGGGUCUGGGAGAUAUUGAAAAAGGUGACAACCAGAAUGACUGCUGGAUCUUUGCCCUGGCUAUACUUCUAAGCAGCACCUUUGUGUACAACAGCAUGGGAGCCAUCAACCAGCAGGCCAUGGACCAGCUGCAAUAUGUGACAGAGCUGACAGAUCGGAUCAGAACAACAUCCUCACCUCAUAGCAAUGGGGUUGAGGACUCAGCCAAGUUUGUGAGCUUCUUCCCUGACUUUGUGUGGACUCUGCGGGAUGUGACCAUAAAGCUUGAAGCUGAUGGACAAAACCUCACAGCAGAUGAGUACCUGGAGAAUUCCCUGACACUCAAGCAAGGUACCAGCAAAGAAGUUGAAAAGUAUAACCUCCCCCGACUCUGUAUUCGAAAGUUCUUCCCCAAGAAGAAAUGCUUUGUCUUCUAUCCACCCACUGAGUGGAAAAAACUUUCUGAGCUUGAUGAAUUGCAUGAUGAUGAGUUGGAUUCCGACUUUGUGCAGCAGGCAGCAGAAUUCUGUUCCUUCAUCUUCAGCUCUUCCAAGGCCAAAUCUCUCCCAGGAGGCAUUGAGGUCAACGGAGCUCGACUAGAGAAAUUGGUGCUCACAUACAUCAAUGCCAUCAGCAGUGGGGAUCUCCCCUGCAUAGAGAAUGCAGUACUGACCAUGGCAAAGAUAGAGAACUCUGCUGCAGUGCAAAAGGCCAUUGCCCACUAUAACCAGCAGAUGAGCCAGAGGGUGAAGCUGCCUACAGAGACCCUCCAGGAAUUGCUAGAAAUUCACAGGACCUGUGAGAGAGAGGCCAUAGAAAUCUUCCUCAGGACCUCCUUUAAAGAUGAAGACCAUUCAUUUCAAAAGGAAUUAUUGGCUCAGCUAGAAAAGAGUUGGAAGGGCACCUGUAAUAAGAACAUGAAACUAUCAUCAGACCGGUGCUCAGAGUUACUUCGGAACAUCUUUGGCCCUCUAGAAGAAGCAGUGACAAAGGGUGAUUAUUCUCAACCAGGUGGAUAUCUUCUCUUUGUUGAGGAAAGAGAUGAGCUGAAGAAAAAGUACCUCAGGGAACCUGGGAAGGGGAUACAGGCUCAGGAGAUUCUGCAGGAGUACUUGCAGUCCAAGGCAAUUAUGGCUGAGGCAAUUCUACAGACAGAUCACGCUCUCACAGUAAAACAAAAGGAGAUUGAAGUUGAACGAGCAAAAGCUGAGUCUGCAGAAGCUGCUAUAAAAAUGCUGAAGGAAAGGGAAGAGAAGCAUUUGCAAAUGAUGAGGGAGAGAGAAAUAUGCCAUCAGGAACGAGUGAGGCAGUUGACUGAGAAGAUGGAAAGGGAACGAGCUCAGAUAGUAGAGGAGCAAGAGAAGAUUCUGGCCCUUAAACUGCAGGAACAGGAGCGACUGCUUAAGGAGGGGAUCAAAGAAGAGAGUAUAAGGCUUCAGAAUGAGAUUCAGAUUAUGGAAAAGAGAAACAAAGAAAAAGUACAAGAAGAAGCUGGAUAUCCCCAUGCUGCCAUGAAAAUUUUGGAAGAUAUGCACAAGAUGGAACAGCACAUAAUACCUCAGCAAGGAGAGAGUCUCCAGGAACACAUGAAGCAAUUAGCUGAGGAAAAGAAAGAGGCUCUUGGAUGUCAGGUUGUCAUGGCAGCAGAAACCAUGAAGGCCCCCAUGUGCCUGGUGGAAAAUAAGAACAAGCAGCUGUCAGUGAAUCCAGGAGCCAUUCAGAUUCUUAACAAUAUUUCUCAGCCUGUGGUGGUAGUGAGCAUUGUGGGAAUGUACCGUACAGGGAAAUCAUACCUGAUGAACUGCCUAGCUGGGCAGAACAAUGGCUUCCCUCUGGGAUCCACAGUACAGUCCCAAACCAAAGGCAUCUGGAUGUGGUGUGUGCCCCAUCCCACCAAGCCAAAUCACACCCUCGUCCUUCUAGACACUGAGGGUCUCGGGGAUGUAGAAAAGGGUGACCCUAGGAAUGAUGCCUGGAUCUUUGCCCUGGCCGUUCUUCUGAGCAGCACUUUUGUCUACAACAGCAUGAGCACCAUCAACAAUGAUGCCCUGGAGAAGCUACAUUAUGUGACAAAACUCACAGAGCUCAUUAAAGCAAAGUCCUCCCCAAGAUCUGAUGCCAUAGAAGAUACUAGAGAGUUUGUGAGUUUCUUUCCAGAUUUUAUCUGGACUGUACGGGACUUCACCCUGGAGCUGAAGUUAGAUGGUCGCUGCAUCACAGAAGAUGAAUACUUGGAGAAUGCUUUGAAGCUGAUUCCAGGGCAGAAUCCCCAAAUCCAGGCAUCCAAUUGGCCCAGGGAGUGCAUAAGACAAUUCUUUCCCAGGCGGAAAUGUUUUGUCUUUGACUGGCCAGUGAGUGACCCACAACUCUUAGCCAAAAUUGAGAGCAUACAAGAAAACCAACUGAAUCCUAAAUUUCAGAAGCAGUCGAAGACUUUCUGUUCUCAUAUCUUCACCUAUGCAAGUACCAAGAAACUCAGAGAGGGAAUCCUGGUCACGGGGAAUCGACUGGGAACUCUAGUGGCGGCAUAUGUGAAUGCCAUCAAUAGCGGGGCAGUUCCUUGCAUAGAGAACGCAGUAAAAACACUGGCCGAGCGUGAGAACUCCAUAGCAAUGCAGAGGGCAGCUGACCACUACUGUGAGCAGGUGGCUCAGAAAUUGAGGCUCCCUACAGACACACUCCAGGAGCUGCUGGGUGUGCACACAGCCUGUGAGAAAGAAGCCAUUGCUGUCUUCAUGGAGCACUCCUUCUCAGAUGACCAGUGGAAGUUCCAGAAGAAGCUUGUGGCCACCAUAGAUAAAAGGAAGGAAGAUUUCAUAAGACAGAACGAAGAAGCAUCUCUCAGUUACUGCCAGGCUGAGCUGGAGAAGCUUUCGGAGUCCCUGAGGGAGAGCAUCUCACGUGGAGAUUUCUCUGUUCCUGGUGGGCACAGCCUCUACUUAGAAACCAGGAAGAAGGUUGAGCUGGGCUAUGGGCGAGUGCCCAGGAAGGGAGUGAAGGCACGUGAGGUGUUCCAGGACUUCCUGAAGUCAUUGAUCACUAUAGAAAACUCCAUCUUGCAGGCAGAUAAAGCCCUCACUGAUGGACAGAAAGCCAUGGCAGCUGAGCAGGCCAAGAAGGAGAAGGCUGAGAUGGGACUAGAACUAAUGAGGCAGCAACAGAAGGAGCAAGAAGAAGCAAGGGAGGCUCACUUGAGAACUGUUGAAGAAAAUGUGGCCCAGCUACAGAGGAAGAUGGAGAUGGAAAGGGAGAACAUUCUGAAGGAGCAGGCGAGGGUGAUGGAUCACAAACUGAAGGCCCUAAAAGAACUACUUCUUGAUGGAGUUGAGGAGAAAUGUGAAGAUUUAAGACGAGAAAUAAAGCUAAGAGAAGAAGAGAUUGAAGAUAUUAAAAACAACUCCAUUAAGAAUAUCCUUGAUGCUGCUGGCAAUGUAUUUAUUGAAGCACUCCCUAUGUUGUGUAAUGUGGGGAUGCAGAUUCUCAACUCCUAUGUGAUGGGUUGAGGAUUCCUGUGAAGUAUAAUAUGAUGGCCUCUUAUGUGGUAGUAAUACUGUUAUAUGUACUCUUUAAUGUGUUUGUCAUCAUGGAUUUAUUCAACAGCUAUUUCUAAUUAAAGUAUUAUCAAAGAAUAUCAGAGGCUGACAGCUUCCCCAGCCAAAAAAAUUAAAAAUAAAGUAAAAUUUUAUUGGAUAAAUAGAAAUCAUUGAUGAAAAUAUGUAGUUAAGGCACAGAAUAAAUGGUCAACCUAUGAAUUCUCACCAGCGUGACUCCAACUAGGAGCUGAACAAAUACAAUAAACUUGCCAAAGUGGACAUUAAAAAGCCCUCUACCCCACACAAGGAACUACAGAUGACUUGUCAAAGUAGAUGGGAAAUAACCCACAAGCCCUCUACCCUGUGAGAAGAACUACAGAUAACUAAGCAAUGUUGCGAGCAAGAGAAAUAGACUUCCCCAGAGAAGAGCACACCAAUUGGUUAUCCAAUGUCAAAUGGCCAACACUGAAAACAUACAUAACAGUAACAUUAUUCAGGGUGAACAGUAUUUAGGAAUGUAUAUGUAAAUGCAUAUAAAUAUAUGCAUGCAAUAAUAAUUAAUGGAAAAAGAGGCCAUGAAUUAGAAAGAGAGCAAGGAGAGGUAUAUUGGGAAGGGCUGGAUAAGAGACUGACAUCUACAUUUUAAUAGGCAUAAAUAAAUGGGGAAAUGUAUGUUUUGAUGAAAUAAAAUCCUACAAAAAUAUAA